GAGUGAGUGAGGGUUGAGGAGAUGAGAGAAGGGGAGGAGACCAGCUAAGAAACAACACUGGACUUCAGACGAGAGUUUUCCGAAGAUUUGCUGGUACGAGCACACACAAGGAUCCACCAAAAUGUCUUUCCUGUUGAUGUUUGUGACAGUUCUGCAUCUGGUCACCCUGGCCAUACUUUUCAUUGCCACCAUGGAGAAGUCCUGGUGGACUUUGGGAGACACCGAGAACUCGGAUCUCUGGUAUAAGUGCUCCUAUGACAACGCCACAGAAACCUGGUUAUGUGCAUCUGUCCGGGAGAACGAAUGGCUGCAGUCAGUCCAGGCCCUCAUGAUAUUAUCUGUAGUGCUCUCUUCCAUCUCCUUCAUGGUGUUCCUCGGACAGCUCUUCACCAUGUCCAAAGGAGGACUUUUCUACUUCACUGGUCUAUGUCAAUUUUUUGCAGGUUUUGCAGCAUUUGCGGCUGUUCUUAUCUACACCUUUCAAAGGAGCGAGAUUCUUCAAGAUGUUCAGGAACUGGAAACGGGUCGUUUCGGCUACUGUUACAUUCUAGCCUGGGUCUGUGUGCCCCUUUUACUUAUUAGUGGCGCACUUUAUGUGCAUCUGCGCAAACGGGCCUGAUUUUCUGCUCAACACCACGCAACGCAUGUGUAGCUGUUUAGUCUGCUAUGAGAUUAUAUAAUGCUUAUGGCUGUUUUUAGGUCAAAUAUUUUAUGAUAUAUGGC